AUGGAGGGCGAUCUCCUCGGGGCCUUUUUCCCGGAGCUGCCGCUCGAUUACUCCUCCGCUGCCUUCUUGUUAUCCGGCCUCAUGCCAGAGUUCGACGCACCCCGGACCGCCUUCGUGAGCUACCUGAGGCAGGACGGUCCACAAACGAUGGUGGAGCGUUCCGGCUCGGGCCGGAACAUCCACCGGAGUCUCAUCGAGAUGCUAAGGAGCAUCCCCAGGGCGGAGGAGCGCAGGGCAGCGGCGGCGAACCGAGGGUUCCGGCAUAUGAUGAGAGAGCGGAAAAGGAGGGAGAAGCUCAGCCAGAGCUACGCUGACUUGUGCUCGAUGCUUGCCUCCGGAUCAAAGUGUGACAAGAACUCGAUCGUCAAAUCGGCUACUAAGCACGUACAAGAGCUGAAGGGAGUGAAGGAAGCGCUGCAGAAGCGCUACGAGGAGCUCAAGGCCAAGGUGCUGGGGAGCGAUCCGACGGAGGGGGAAAAGGUUAAGAUUCGUGCGGCAAAUCUAUCGUCUCCGGUGGACUCCAUGAUCGGGGUGCUUCGUUGCUUGCAGAGUAUGGAUGCGACGGCCAAAGCCAUUCGUGCUCAUCUCUCCAGCUCCGAGCUUUCUGCCGUCAUGAGCAUCGACACCAAGAUGGCAGCGGCAGAUGUGGAAAGAGCCAUAGAGGGAGCUGCAAUGGAAGCAGAGAAGAGACUUCGUUGCUAGAUUGCUGGAAUCAAAACAUGGUCACAACAGUGCCUUGGAACUUUGCAACCAAGUUCUCUCUCAAUCCUCCUUCUUUCGACGAUUUUUUGGCCUUACUAUUGCCUCUGGUGUUUUGAGAUGAUUAUUUAUCGUGUGGGAAUCUUUCACAUUUGUAAAACAGCAAAUUUCAGCCUAUUAGUGUCGUCAAAUUCGGACCUGUUGACUUAAGACCUGUUGACUUCCUGCAGGUUUCUUAAGGAGAAAGAGAACAUGAUAAUAAAAAUAACAAAGAGCACAUAUUUAUAUUAGAUAAAAUGAUAAAAUAUAACAUUUUUAAAUGUGAAAAAAAUCAAUCACCCAACAAAUCUCCUCAUCCU